AUGCAGCUUCUUCUUCUUAUUAUUUUGAAUGUUUUCGGGGUCCUAGCUGCCCCUAACAUCCCUCGACAGGCUCCACCGGCGCCGGUUGUCCCUCUGCGCAUCAUGGCGCUGGGUGCUUCCGUGACGUUUGGCACGGGGUCUACUACCGGCAAUAGCUAUCGAAAGGAUCUCCAGGACCUUCUCGUUGCGAAGGGUAUGACAGUUGCUUAUGUCGGAACACGGGCAAACGGAAACUUUGCGGAUAAUGCAGUAGAAGCCACCGGGGGCUUCAGAAUCAAUCAGAUCGCCGACUCCGCGGAUAAAGCUGUGCCUAUGCUUAAGCCGAAUCUCGUACUUCUCGACGCCGGCACAAACAACUGCAACAAGGGUGGAGAUUUCCCCGAUGCGGGCGCUAACGUAACGGCUAUGAUCAACAAGAUCUACCAACAAAGUCCGGGAUCUACGGUGAUCCUGACAUCAAUCCUCGCAAACAAGGUGCCGGAACAAGAUGCUUGCCGGGUCAAGAUCAACGAGCAGUUCAACUCGCUGGCGGCACAAUUCCAGCAGUCUGGGGCGAAGUUCGGAUUUGUGGACAUGCGUAGUCCUGAGGCGCCGAAUCUCAAUGACCUUAACGACACCAGGCAUCCGAAUGAUGGAGGGUAUGUCAAGAUGGCCAACGUAUGGGCCAAAGGAAUUCAAGAUGUGAUGGCGAAAGGCUUUAUCACUGCUCCUAGUUGA